AUGGAAAAUAAAGACAUUUCAGCCGUGGUGGAGCGCGUGGCAGCCACGAAGGCCGCCUGGGCCGCGCUGCCUCCGCAGCAAAAACUUGAACUUCUCGACCAACUCAUGGACAACUUGAACGCCCACGGCGAAGCCCUCCACGCCGCCUCCGUCUUCAAACGCGACGGAGACCUCAAAGACGCCCCCGCGUACUCCGCGCUUUCCGCUGCGGACCUCCAGGCCCUCCAGAACGCCUCCAGGGCCCAGCACUGGCUCCACUCCUCCAUGCUGGUGAGCAACUGGCUCAGCAUCAUUCGCGAGUACUUCGAAGCUGUUGUCAAAACGGGGGCCCCUCCGCCCCCCCUGGCGGUGCGGGAGGCCCCUGCGGAAGAGGGAAAGCCCCAGCGGCACAUCGUCAAGGUGGGCCCCUCGGGCCUGCUGCACACGACGCUGGUGACCUGCGGAUCGCUGGAGCUGGUGGUGGAGGGCCCCGUGGAGCAGGAGCUGCUGCACGAGAGGCCCCCUGGGGUUGCAGCAGUUCUGGGGGCAGGCAACUUUGACGGCCCCGUCGAUUUGCUGACUGCUCUCUUCAUAGAAAACAAAGUUUGCAUUUACAAAUUGAGCCCGUUCAACGCGCGUUUGCUGGAGCCUCUGGAGAAGAUCUUCGCCCCUUUAUUGGAGGCGAACUUCGCAGCUUUUAUUUUCGGCGGAGUCGAAGAAGCAAAAAGUCUUCUCCACCACCCCCAAGUCGACAAGUGGUUCAUGACGGGUGCAGCAGCAACAGCGUACAGCAUAAUCUGGGGAAGUCCGGAGCCGCAGCAGCCGCCAGCUGAGCCUCUUUUUAAAAAGCCCAUGACAGUGGAGUUGGGAAACUGCACUCCUUGGAUUGUUUGUCCCGGAAAGUGGCAAGCCAUCGCAGCAAGUAUGGCCUUCAACGGGGCCCACAUUUGCGCGCAUCCGCAAGUGCUGCUGACUUGCAAGAACUGGCCGCAGAGGCAAGUUCAGGUAAAAGAGUUUCUGCAGCUCAUUCAGUCCUACAUUCAAGAGGUCUACUACGUGGGCUGUUACUACCCCGACUUCUCCUCCCGCAUGGAGUGGGCCUCUGCAGCAGCAGCAGCAGCAGCAGCAGCAGCAGCAGCAGAGUCUUACAAGGAGAAGCUGCUGGCGAUGGGGAAGAAGGCGGAGGAGUUCGAGGCCCCCGUGCACUGCCCAAUUGCGAAAGAUAGCGAAAUUAAAAAGAUUAUUUUUGCAACAGAUCUUCCGGAAGAUUGUUUCUUCACUCGGCAGGAAACCUUCUGUCCGUGCUGCGGCGAAGUGCCCCUGGACACCGAAGCCUCCCUCGCGGCUUUCCUCCCCGCCGCAGUCAAAUUUGCAAACGAAAAAGUCCACGGCGGCCUCUCCGUCAGCAUUUCAGUGAAGCCUUCGACAGCAGCAGAAGAGCAGGGCUCCUGCGCGAACCCAACUAGCGGCUUCCGCCGGUCCGCGCCGCCCCCUCGCCUUGCCUUCGCAGCCAGACUAGCAGCAGCAGCAGCAGCAGCAGCUGCUGCUGCUGCUGCAGCAGCAGCAGCAGCAGCAGCGUGCGGUUGGCUGCGCGGGGGGCGCUCCUUCGCGCUGGCUUUGCUGGAGAGGGCAGUUGCGGACUUGAACUACGGGGCGGUGCACAUCAACAUCGACACCAAAAUGAGUAUUGCUUUUCCCUCUCUCGUUUGGGGCGGCUGCCCCGGCUCCACCAUCUACAACCUCAACUCCGGAAUCGGAUUCAUUAUGGCAGCUCCGAACGGGUCCAAUGCAGCAAAAAUGGCGAAGUUGUGGCGGCGAAUUGCUUUUGCUUCUUUUCAGCGCCGCAGCACUCAGGGCUGGUUUAGCUUCGCAGGCAGCCUCACUAAGAUUGCCAGUGCCUUUGCUGCCAACCUCUGA